UCAUGAAUUGCAUUAAUUUGUAAAAAUAGAUCGUUAACCAAUUAUUUAAUUACAAAACGAUUAAUUUAUUCAUAAAAAAUAAGUUAUUCUAGUUCAAACAACUGUUUCAUUCAUCAUAUAUUUUAUUAUCCCAUAAUUCCUAACGUAGACGCAUGGUACUGUUUUUCGGUGCCUCGAUAUCAGCCGGGCUCUUCCUAUUUCACGUCGCCGUAGUGCCUCUCCUUUUCAAAUACUCGAAGGCUUUCAGAAGAAACCUUGUCUUCGCUAAUUUUGUACAAUGGCCGCCAAACACGGACUUCGAGGAGCCUUCAUCAUCAGGCAUCGAGGGCGCGCGGAACCUCAGCAUCGAAUACGACUCCAAAGUCGACAAGUGCAGAGUUAAGAUUGGAAUAUGGCACAUUCUACCAAAGACAGUGUACGAGAGACUAAAAGGGAGUUUCGAUGUCAGCAAGGAUAAGGAGGACUUGAACAAGAUCCUGGAUGAGGAACUGGCUACCUCGAAGACACCUGUUAUGCUGUACUGCCAUGGCAAUUCGAAUUCCCGCGCAGCCGCGCAUAGGAUCGAACUAUACAAGUUCUUCCAGAAAAUGGAGUAUCACACCAUCGCGUUUGACUAUAGAGGUUACGGUGACUCCACAAACCUGAAGCCGAGCGAGGCGGGCGUGGUGGAGGACGCGCUGCUGGUGUACGACUGGCUGCGGGAGCGCCUCGGGGACAACUCCCGCCUCUACGUGUGGGGACACUCGCUAGGCACAGCUAUUUCCUCGCACCUGCUCGGCAAUUUGCGAGAGCUGUCCAUCACGUUAUUGGACCGUUCUGAACCCCUACCGCUGCCCAAAGGACUCAUACUCGAAGCCCCGUUCAAUAACUUGGCUGAUGAAGUCGCCAAACAUCCGCUAUCUGAACUUGUUACCUGGUUACCGUACUACGAUUCGACCUUCGUAGCUCCCUUCAGGAGUAACAGCGAGCAGACCUUCAAGUCUGAUGAGCAUCUUCUGAAGGUCAAGUCUCUGCCAGUGCUCAUACUGCACGCCAAGGAUGAUGUUAUUGUGCCUUUCAUAGUUGGAGUCAGGUUGUACAGAUCGAUCCAACAAUCCCGUGGUGAUGGGGACGCCACCAUCAAGCUGCACGCGUACGACAGACGCGAGAACCUCGGACACAAGGGCAUCUGCCACGCGAAGGACCUGGCCGAGGUCGUCGGAGAUUUCGUGACUCAACACAAUUAAAGAAGACCGCAAUCUUCCAAUAUAAUUAAUUGGCUAGGAUGAAAAACCGAGUGCUAUCUAGGUGUUCCUAAUAGACAUAAAACACAUGACAACUUUACAAAAUAUGCAUUGAUAUAUACAGACCUAAGAUACAAACUGAAUACCUCAAAAUUUGUACCCAAAAUGCACACAUCAAAUUGCGUCGUAAAAGCAACUUUAAGACCAGUUUUUAAGGUUGAGUUUGCGAAAAACCUGUUUGUGUGUAUAGCAGGGUUGUAUUUGUUGUGACGAUUACUACUUUAACGCCUGUACGUAGGGUUCAAUUUGCGGAAAACCUAUUUAUAUACCUACCAGUGUUGUAUUGAAAACAAUAUUGACGUUUUUUUUAGUUGGGGACUUUGUAUCUAAGGUUUUUAUAAAUCAAUGGAUAAAUAGAAAUUAUUUACCUUAUAUUGUAGAACAGUAGCUGAUAUUAUUGUUAUAAUGGGCCUAAAGUUUAUGUAAAAUGCAAUAAGUUUAUUAUCAAAAUGUACUUUAAAAACUGUGUAUAAAUAGUAUAUCUCAUUUCUGGCUAUAAAGCUAUGUAUGCGAUUGAUUGACAGCUAUUAAUUUUUUGGUUUUAUACGAAAACGAUACCCAAUUACUGUCGUCUGUCUGUCUAUCCGUCAGUCACAAGGUUUUAUCUCAUGAACCUUGAUAAUAUACCAUGAAGGAUAGUAUAUUUAUCUGCUUUUCGUUUCACGAUCAUGGAUUGGCAGAACUUUCUAUGGGAUAUUGUA